CAGUCGCGCGCCUGGGUAGAUCUCCGCCUGUUUCAGUGUAUAGUCAAUGCAAACUCAACAGCGUGCGUCUUGGGAAUUACGACGUUCUAGGAGUGAAAUAGUGAUUAUUUUCAGACUGUUACCUCUUCGUCAAUACACUUGCUGAAUUUUGGACUAUUUCCCUCGGAAAUAUCUCGCGGAAUUUAUUUUGGAGAUAAGACUUUGGCUCCUGAAUUGUGUCGCCGGUGGAGAGGUCCUCAAAGGCCCAUCGCUCCUAAUGCCCCCAGAGGUAGUCAGUCAGUUGGGAGGAAGAAUUCAGCCCAUACCUCUUAAAUUCAGAACCCUUCAGAAUCCUGUUCUGUCCUCUGAUUUGGGAUUCCUACUGGAUGUUCACUCUGUACCGAUUGGCGCAUCGAAUCCCACUGCCGUUGUUGGACGAUUCAGAAGCUGAGGACCUUGCUGAGGACCACUCUGCGGGGGUCCACCCCCACCUCCCUCUCUUCUUCCUGAACCAUUGUGAACUUCAACGAUAGUGACUGAUUGGACACUGCAUCUGCCAGUCUCAGCUGAUUCUAGACUGCGAGAAAGUGACAGAGAUGCUGGUUAACGUGCUCAACAUCUGCUCUGACGACGAGCUCAUGUCUGAAGGAGACGACACCUGCGAGGACAGGGCCCCCGUGGAUCUGAGCCACACACCAUGACUUGCUGAAGCCCCACUUGCUGCUACCCACCCCCCUUCUCCUCAUUGAAGAUGGUCCCUCCGGAACGGACGAGGUGGCGCCUCCUGCUGGCAGCCCUCACACUCACUUCCUGUCUACUGUCCACCUCAGCCACAGCCCCGCCCUUCCCAAAAGACCUGGAGCCAAUCAACGUUGUCCGAUGGGAGCACUCCUACCUGUACCCAGGGUUCCAGGGGCUGGUGUCGGACAACGACACAUUCAGACUAGGCCUGGACUUCCAGAGGAUGCUGAGGAUCAACCAUAUGCUCUACAUCGCUGCCAGGGACCAUGUUUUUGCAGUAAACCUGACCACAGCUGGUGACGACUUCGUCCCCCAGCUGAAGCUGACAUGGAGGUCCAAGGAUGUGGCCAAGUGUACCGUGAGGGGUCGAAACAGCGAUGAAUGCUACAACUAUGUCAAAGUGCUGGUACCGAGGAACGACGAGACCCUAUUUGCUUGUGGCACUAAUGCCUUCAACCCCACCUGCCGUAACUACAAGAUGACCACCCUGGAGCAGGUUGGCGAAGAGGUGGUGGGUCAGGCGCGCUGUCCCUUCGAGUCGGGUCAAUCCAACCUCGGCCUCUUUGCUGGUGGUGAUUUCUACUCUGCCACCAUGACCGACUUCCUGGCCAGCGACGCUGUCAUCUAUCGUAGUCUUGGCGACGACAGCCCCGUCCUGCGGACCGUCAAGUACGACUCCAAGUGGCUCCGAGAGCCCCAUUUCCACCAUGCGAUCGAGUAUGGAAAUUAUGUCUACUUUUUCCUCAGUGAGAUUGCAGUGGAGUACACCACACUGGGCAAGGUGGUGUUCUCUCGUGUGGCGCGGGUGUGUAAGAACGACAACGGCGGCUCUCCUCGGGUGCUAGAGCGCUACUGGACCUCCUUCCUGAAGGCGCGGCUCAACUGCUCGGUGCCCGGCGACUCGUUCUUUUACUUCGACGUGCUGCAGUCGCUCACCAACGUGCUACAGAUCAACCAGCGCCCUGCGGUGGUGGGAGUGUUUACUACGCAAGCUAACAGUAUCCCUGGCUCAGCAGUGUGUGCCUUCUACAUGGAUGACAUAGAGAAGGCCUUUAAUGGGAAGUUUAAGGAGCAGAAAACCAGUGACUCAGCCUGGACCCCAGUACCAGAGGAACAGGUGCCCAAGCCUAGACCUGGUUCCUGUGCCGGUGACGGCCUGGCCUCUGCCUACAAGUCGUCCACCACCUUCCCCGACGACACGCUGACCUUCAUCAAGUCUUACCCUCUGAUGGACGAGGCGGUGCCCUCCGUCAACGACCGGCCCUGCUUCACCCGCACCACCAGCAGGUACAAGCUGACUCAGAUUGCGGUGGACACCUCUGCCGGGCCGUCUAAAGACCGCACUGUGGUCUUCCUGGGCUCGGAGGAUGGCAGGGUCCUGAAGGUGUUGUCCAGCACUCAUCCUAAUGCCUCCUUUGGCUCCCAGCUCCUGGAGGACAUAGAUGUGUAUAACCCCUCAAUGUGUAACAUUCAGGGGCAGGAGGACCGGAGGAUUCUGGGAAUGGAGCUGGAUAAGGAGCAUCAUGCCUUGUUCGUGGCCUUCACCAGCUGUGUCAUCAGAGUACCACUCAGCCGCUGCACUGAGCACGGCGCCUGUAAAAAGAGUUGUCUGUCCACCCGCGACCCGUACUGCAUCUGGCUCCGGACCGGGAGCUGUGCCAACAUGGCGCCAGGGUUCAAGGCUGGCUUUGAGCAGGAUAUCGAGGGGGACCACUCACUGUACCCUGAGAACUGCCUUGCAGAUGUUCUGGCGACCAAGCGAAACCAGAACCCCGCGGCAGACUCAGCCUACGGUGUCCGAAGGCUCCCUGACAUGGAGAAGUCCAGCCCCAGCGUCCACUACACCCUCCUGAUCGCCUGCGUCCUGGUUGCCUUUUUCCUCGGUGCCAUCCUCUCCGGCUUCCUGGUGUCAUGCUACUGCAGUCACAACGCCCGCCGUGCCCACCGGCUUGGCAAGGACCCUGAGGCAUCCCUCCACCCUGCCCUCUCGCUGCGCAGCCUGGCCAAGCUAAAUGGCCUGCUGGACGGCCAGCCGAAAGAGGAGAAGCUGGACGUGUCUACGCCCAAGAUGUACAGCUCCUUCGUUCCCAACGGGAAGGAGCACACUCCGGGCAGGCACGGGAUGUCCCUGGGAGACCCUGACCUUAACCUCUCCCAGGGGGAGAACCUCUCAGGCCUACCCACCCCUGACUCCACCCCGGAGCUGCCGAUCAAGAACAUGAAGGCCUUCCGGAACCAGUGGGAGAGGAACCAGAACUGCAACAACGCAAAGGAGUCUAAGGCACCGCCUGGCACCGGUUUCGGCCUGGGUUCGUCGAGGUCCAGCUCGGGGGUCACCCAGCAGGUGUUCCCCUUCUCCCACAGCCUGACCAACGGCCAAGCCCUCGGGCACCUGCCCGAGGAGAGGAAGAUCCCCAACGACGAGCGUGCAAAGGGGGCUUCGGCCUCCCAGUCCUCCUCCUGCUACCCGCAGACGGUGGUGGAUGUGGCGGCCCUGGACGAGCUCCUCAAGCACAUCCACGAGGUCAGCGCCUCAGGCAGCCACAGCAUCACUGUGCUGACCUCACCGUGUGCUCCCCUGCCAGGUAGCUCCAGCUCCAGCCAUAACCACAGUCACAGCCAGAGCAGCUUCAGAUCCCAGCCCCAGAUCCCCGAGACGGAGUCGGCCCAGUACUACAGCUCCUCCACCCUGCCCAGGGACAGUCUGACCCGCCGCCUGGACGUGCCCCCAGACGCUGCUGCCGCCUCCUCAGCUGGAGCCACCCCGCUGCAGCAGCAGUCCAUCCCCGAGCGGACCUCAGUGACUCGCCACCACUCCCAGAGGCAUUUAAUGAUCAAGAUGGGCAACGGAGGGGCUGUCCCGCGCCAGCACAGCUUCAGACAGGGCGGGGUUGGGCCACCACCCCACCAGCUGCUCACCCGGAUCAACUCUGGAGGUGGUGGUGGUGGCGGCGGGGGUGGGGUUGGCUUUGAAGCCCACCGGCCACUCAUCCCUAGUGCCUGCCUGACACGGCAGCACAGCUACAGCGAACCACCCCACCUCCACCGCGCCGCCAUUGUACGCCGCACGGCCUCCCUCAAGCCCCAGGUACCCCCCAAGCCCCUCUUCCUGCCCGCCACUUCGCCCGUAAACGAGCAAGGCAAUUACAACUACUGAGAGCUUGGAAUCGGACUGAGAGGCCCCAAACCGACAGACGAUGUAACCUCUCUCCCCUCAGAGUUAGGGCAACUCCCCUGUGAUUGGGGGGGUGGGGUUCGGGGGGGCAACAACCGGGACUGGCAUAUCUUUUGACGAGACGGCCGACAAUAGCCUCCACACCUGAUGAAUGUCCUUAUACCAUAUUGGUAUUAUUGCAAUGCUACUUGAUCACAGGACAGUGAUGGAUUAACAGCAUAUAGAACAUGUGAUAGUAUUGAAUUGACUUGGAGGAUCUGUACCCUCGUUUGAGGCCAAAGAAUAAAGUAACAGGGGCCCAAAACUCAAUGUAAAGGACAGAUCGCAAGUCGGCCACCAAAGCUGUGAACAAUGCCUGCUUUAGCUUGGACCCAAGGCCUCAACUUAUGAGAGCACCUCACAACACAAACAGUGCUCAUCCUGCCUGUAAUGUAUGUAUACUGUAUGCGUGUGUGUAUACAUGUAUAUGCUCUUCAUGUUAAGAUACCAGAGGGCGGAACCAUGAAGCAGCUACAUUAACUGUGGUGAGAUGGUCAACUCCUAGCCAUUUCUUAACCCUCUUAUGACAGAGAUACCAUGGAGGCCCCACUCAGUACACACAUUCGGUACAUACAUCCCUCGACGAGGGAUUUAGCAAUAACUUACCGUUGUGCAGUUAAGUAUCAACUGUACCCCUUGAUAUAAGGGUAAGUAUUAUACUUCUUGCAGCAUACCAUAAAUGACCACUUUGAUAAUGCUUAGAAAAUUAUUAAUUCUGUAUUAGUGGAAUGAUGCUGAGGAACGAGACACAUGGCGUCAGUAUAGACCCAUCAUGCAUCAUAGCGUUACUAUUAUGUUUGUCCCUGGUGGAUGGGGGCUCCGCUAGCCUGUGACAGAAGGCCGCCUCGGGGCCUGAUGAGUUAGGAGAAUCCUUGCCCUGCAUUUGGAAUUCUUACUUUUUGGACAUAAAUGCUACGAUAACUCCAGAGGAAUUUAACAAGCCCCCAAUAUGACUGUCAUUGUCAUUCAAGAAGAGGAUGCAGUACACUGCAACCUCGAAAACAAUUUGUUUCAUCCUUAACACUUAGUGAGAAUUGGUUCCACAUUGAGGUGCAAUCAUUCAGGCUAUGACUUAUUAGCAUUAUAAAAUUAUAUUUAAAAAGUCAAGUCUUAAAGCGGAGCCCCAAGAAACCACUCAUGGGCACAUAGCGCCCUCUUAUGGACAAGCCCUUAAUAACUGUGUAAUAAAGUCAGUAAUUAUGUUUACCAUAUUGCUAUUAACAUUGUGGAUGUUGUUGUAAAUAAAGGCAUCUGUGGAAUAAUACUAGCCAAACUUUGAUUUGUAUGUGUUAAUGUGUGCCUUAUUUAAUAAUGUGGUGUGGAAAAGGGAAAAAAGUCUGUUUUUGGCUCCAUCGUUCUGUUGUCAUUACAAAUUCAUUUCAAAUCUGUCCUCCUGCACGGACUCCAUAUCAGAGGUUCUAUUUCUACUGACAGCUGUUUUAAAAAAUUGCAUUCGUCUUUCUUUUUUUUCUUCAUGAAUUUUAAGCUUCUUUAUAUACUGUAUAUUUAAUGACAAAUGAGCUAGAUGGAAAAGAUGAGUAGAUCUGAAAGUAUAUCAGCAAUGUUAGGUCUGUGUCAUGUUUUUGAAAGAGCUCUCAAAUAUGUUUGAAAUGGUAUGGACAUAGGCUGAGGCAUUAACUCUGCUUUACAAAGAAAUUGUAUUUAAUAAGGGCUCUAUUCAGUCUGUAAAGCUGAAGCAUUACAGAUUCCGAUAGAAUUGUUAAGGUAAUUUCCCAUUGAGCCGACAUGCAGUGUCUGCUAAAGCGGGAAUAUUGCAUUUAAAUUUCAAUCACGCUGUAAAGCAGAAUUUUCGCACUGCGGAUUAAAUAUAAUCCCCGAGUGUGGGGCGAAAGAGGCUAGCUGAGGGACUUGCAAAUGAAAAUGCUGCAAGAAGGGCUGGAUGGUUGAUGAUUGCCUGGUCCAACAAGUAUGCUAUUCAAAUGAAGCUCAGGAUUGUAGGACAUAAAGUAGGUGUCUGAAGAUGCCUACAGUGAGCUAACAGUGCCCAUAGGUUUAGUUAUUUCUUUGCUAUUACUGUAAAAGGAAAAUUACACCCAAAAACUAUCUUUUGGUAUUUGUUUCAUUAGUCUAUUGUUGAUCUAGUCCCCACAUUUUUUUGCACGUCAGCAAUCAAGUUCAUACGGCUGUAUUUCUGUGUUUAUAAAGUUAUAGUUUAACUUGAUUGCUGAUAGUCCCAAAAUGUUUGCAUAUGUCAACAAUGGACAAAUGAAACGAAUACUAAAAGCUAGUUUUGGGGUAGAAUUUUCCUUUAAAUAGAGAAAUAGCACCUGCAGCGUGUGUGUGUGUGUAAGGAACCAAGACUUUGUUUUACGUUGAGGUUAACAAGUGAGUUGAUUGAGUGUAUACACUGGCACCUUCUCUGCCUCAAGUUGAACAGAAAUAUCAAAUAAUUCAAUGCUAAUGUCAAUUGCAAGACACGUCAUGAAAAUGCCUACAACACUAAAACCACGUUAUCUAUAUCCCCUCAUCUGGCCACUUUGACAGAAAAAAAGUUGAGUUGGGUGCUAGAAUAGAUUCAUGUAAACUGGUUACGUUUGAGUACUGUAUGCCAAUAUUGAGUUUAUAUGCAAUGUUUGCGUUUUCAAUUGCUAUAAAAAUCUUGACCAAUGAGGUUUACUCUUUUUGUAAAUAUAGCAAACCAGCAGUCACUUGCAUCUCCAUGGUGAUUUCAUUUAUUUUUACAAGUAGACUUCGCCCCAGAUGCUCCUGAAUUCUAUUAAACACAGCUGUAUGUCCGCUACAAUUAAAGAUAUCUAAUCAAAUGA